CUCCCGAGACGAACCACCCGAAGCCGCAGCAGCAGCGAUGGCAAUGGAGAGGCUUAUCUCUUCGCCGCUCCUCCCGCGCCGGCCUCCCCGCGCCGCCUUCUCCCGCCCGCCGCCCUCCCUCGCCGCCGCGCCACCCCACCACCGCGCCGGCGGUGCGGCCUCCGGGUACGGCUCCAGGCCGCCUCUCGCCUCGCUCCUCCUCUCCAGGCACCACCACCACCACCAGCCUCCGGUCCUCGCGGCCAAUCCUGCUGCCGAUGUGGCCGCCGGCGAGGCUGUCCCUCCCGCCACCGCCACCGCCAGCCGGCGCUUCCUCCAGAAGGUGGCGUCGGCUGCGGCUGCCACUCUGUUGGCGACGAUUGCACUGACGCUGAUCCAGCCGGCGUGGGCGCCGCCGGCGUUGGCGUCGUUCCACUCGGCGGCGAAGGCGGGAGGUGGCAUCUUCAAGUCGGAGCUGCUCAGCAGCGCGUGGACGGGGUUCCUGGCCGGCUGCCUGCACACGCUCUCCGGGCCGGACCACCUCGCCGCGCUGGCGCCGCUGUCCAUCGGGAGGUCGCGGGUGGAGAGCGCCGCCGUGGGCGCGCUCUGGGGCUGCGGCCACGACGCCGGCCAGGUCAUCUUCGGCCUCCUGUUCCUCAGCCUCAAGGACCGCCUCCACAUCGAGGUCAUCCGAACGUGGGGGACCCGCGUCGUCGGCCUCACGCUGCUCGUCAUCGGCGCCCUCGGCAUCAGGGAGGCCACCGAGGUGCCCACGCCGUGCGUCGCGCUGGAGAACGGCGGCGGCGGCGGCGGCGCGCACCGUGGCCCGCUCGAUGCUCUACCAGCCACCAGGAAGAAGAUCACCUUCGCCACGUUCGCCACCGGGAUCGUGCACGGGCUGCAGCCCGACGCGCUCAUGAUGGUCCUGCCGGCGCUCGCCCUCCCGUCGCGCGUCGCCGGCGCGGCGUUCCUUGGCAUGUUCCUCGUCGGCACCGUGGUCGCCAUGGGCAGCUACACCGUCCUGAUCGGCUCUUGUACGGAGGCGCUCAAGGAGAGGGUUCCCAGGAUCACGGAGAAGCUGACAUGGGCUGCCUCGCUCGUGGCCAUCUCCAUGGGCCUCGGCAUCCUCAUCAGCCAGUCUCUCGGCUUUAGCUUGUACUGAUCCGCCAUCCCUCGCGACACCUCCUUCUUCUUCUUCGCCAUUGUUAAGCUUCCACUGCCUCCACUGUAGGAAUCUGCCAUGAGAAUUUUGCAAAUGUUGCUUGUUGAGAUCCAGGAGAAUUCAAGUUUAGUUCACAAGAAAAAAAAAUGCCAUGAGAAUUUUGCAAAUGUUGCAUUGUUGAGAUCCAGGAGAAUUCAAGUUUAGUUCACAAGAAAAAAAAAUGCUUUGCUGAGAAUUGCUUAGGUGAUCUGCGAUGAGUAAACAUGUGUUAAUUGUCACCCAAAUGUAUUACACGUACUUGAAAAAGGACUGGUUAAGAACGAUUCACAUCAAAUGUAUUUCUUGUACUUGGAAAUUAAAAAGAUUGGUUAAGAGUAAUUCAGUGUGUCUAGGAGAUCUGGCAUGCAUUUCUGUCAUUCUGUUUUUGUGUCAUUUGUAGUUGCUAGCUGACACUUUGUACUUGAGUGAGAUGUACUGUAUGUCUGUAUCGAAUUGUGGUUUCCAUUCACAA